CUUAUAUACUCUUUCCCCCCUGCAAGAAUCACAUUUCUGGAUUAGCUGCAGAAAUAUUUCUGCUCCCAUAUUUUAACGUUUUUAACCAACAUGCGAGCUUGGUGAAGAUAACACUCCUGCUAGAUCCGCUCUACCCAACGCUCUGUAUUCCGUCACCCGAGCUAUGGCGCCUCCAAAACCCCUCAUCCUCCGGUUCGAGAGCCGAAAUGGGCAGUUUCGCUUAACCGUUGAACCUGCUGAACUCUUUCCGGCUCUAUUACCAAAGAUCCUCUCGAAUUUACCUCAGAAUGUUGAUCCUACAUCCAUAGCCCUAUCAAAUCAACCCAUAGGCACUGGGGGCCAGGAGAGAAAGCUUAGCCUGCUCGAUGGUGUUUCUAUACAACAAGUUGGCCUAAAGCACGGGGACAAGUUAUUCAUCGGAUAUAGUGAACAGUCGACUCUUGUAAAUGGCAAAUCCUCCAACACGUCGGCUGGAAACAUGCAGCACAUUUCACGUCGACUAAAUGGAGCACCAGUGCCGGAACAGGACCUGCCAGCACCCCCUCAGCCCUCGUCUCCAACCGCGCUCAUUAAGAAUCCAUGGGAAGUUGUUCAGCAAUCCGCUCUGGACGAUAGACUAGAUAAGAAAGAUGGCAAAAUACCACGAGGACGGGAUUUGAAGAUGUGCCGCCACGGCCCAAAGGGAAUGUGCGAUUAUUGCAUGCCACUGGAGCCAUAUGCCCCCGAAUAUCUGGCAGACAAGAAGAUUAAACACCUCUCCUUCCAUUCUUAUUUACGAAAAGUCAACUCGUCAAAAAAUAAACCAGAGCUAGGGAGCUCCUUUAUGCCCCCAUUGACAGAACCUUACUAUAGGGUGCGGAAAGAUUGCCCAUCCGGGCAUCCAGCGUGGCCUGAAGGAAUAUGCACGAAAUGUCAACCCAGCGCCAUCACACUACAGCCGCAGGAAUUUCGAAUGGUGGAUCACGUCGAGUUUGCCUCGCCGGAUCUCAUUAAUUCUUUACUUGACUUUUGGCGAAAAUCGGGUUCACAGAGACUCGGGUUUUUGUAUGGUACAUAUGAAGAAUAUUCCGAGGUGCCUCUUGGCGUAAAGGCUGUUGUCCAGGCUAUUUAUGAACCGCCUCAAGUUGAUGAGGUUGAUGGGAUAACACUUCGUGAAUGGGAGAAUGAGAGGGAUGUCGAUGAAGUGGCAAAGUUAUGCGGGCUUGAAAAGGUGGGCGUUAUUUUCACUGAUCUUCUGGACUCAGGGCUUGGGGAUGGUACUGUUAUCUGUCGACGACAUAUUGAUUCCUACUACCUCUCUUCGCUCGAAGUUGCUUUUGCGGCUCGACUCCAAGCGCGAUACCCCAAACCAAGUAAGUGGAGCGAAACUGGCAGGUUUGGCUCCAAUUUUGUUACAUGCAUUUUGAGUGGAGAUGAGAAUGGUGCGAUUUCCAUUAGUGCGUAUCAAGCGUCCAAUUCGGCCGUGGAAAUGGUGAGAGCAGAUAUCGUCGAACCUUCUGCAGACCCUUCGGUGAUGCUUGUGCAGCGUGAGAAUGAGUUGGAAAAUGCGGACACCGGGAACGCGCGAUAUAUCCCCGAAGUUUUCUAUAGGAAAGUCAACGAAUAUGGUGCGAAUGUUCAAGAGAACGCUAAACCGGCCUUCCCCGUUGAAUAUCUUUUUGUGACCUUAACCCAUGGCUUCCCAACAGAGCCUUCAGCUUUGUUUGCCGAUACUACAUUUCCGAUUGAGAAUAGAGAGGUUAUUGGGGAGAGUCAGGAUAUUCGAAACGUUGCAAAGAAGCUCCUUUCACGCUCGGAUCCCGACGAAGCGAUACGGGCUGUAUCCAAUUUCCACCUACUGUGUUUCAUGCAUGGUCUCGGUAUCUUGAGUAAGGAAGAGGAAGCCCUCCUUUGCACUGUCGCUCGAACACACGAUCCAGCCGAUGGCGUCCAGUUGAUUAAUACACCAGGCUGGGCUACACUGGUGACCAUACUUCAGGAGAGCGCCUAGAAUAAAAUCUCCCGUCGUUUCCACGUGCGUACGAACCUAGCUUUCCAUUCGGCCGCCUCGAUUUAUUUUCAAAUUACCUCCCAUCUACCAUCCCCGUAUCUACCAUCGAUUCUCACCCUAUGGUCUCGUAUUGGUGCGGAUAUGAGCGUACCUAGCAUGAACAGAAUGGGACGGAUACUUAAGCAUAUACCUUGCAAGACAACGCUUUUCCUCAGAAAGGUAAUUCGGCAGUUUGACCUUAUUUAGUAGCUUUCUUGAUAUGGAAAUCGUCAUUAAGGGCCGGACAUCGGGGCUAUGUGUAAUCCUUAGUCAUGUUGGAUCUGAAAUUUAAUUGAGUCGGGUUGGCGCC